AUGGAUAUGUCAACGGAGACGGUGGAGAGAACCGAUCUCCGGCAACCGUUGGUUGAUCCGAAGAACUCGGAGCAAAAACCACAGAAGGAGGUCCGAUCACUCGAGAGCGUUUUAUCGGAGAGUAGCCUUCCGUACCGGAGGCGCGUGUACUUAGGCGCGUGCAUAGAAAUGAAACUUCUUUUCCGGUUGGCACUUCCGGCGAUACUUGUUUAUUUAGUCAACAGUGGAAUGAGUAUCUCGACUCGUAUCUUUGCCGGACAUAUCGGUGGUAAGGAAUUCGCCGCCGUGUCCAUAGGCACUAGCUACUUCAAUUUCGUCUAUGGCCUCAUGUUGGGUAUGGGCAGUGCAGUGGAGACACUAUGUGGACAAGCGUAUGGGGCACAACGGUACGAGAUGCUUGGGAUUUAUCUCCAAAGAGCAACGAUCGUUCUCGCUUUGGUUGGCUUGCCCAUGACAGUUUUCUACACCUUCUCGUACCCGAUUCUACUCCUACUAGGCGAGCCCAAAACGGUCUCGUACAUGGCAUCUUUGUACAUCGCCGGACUCAUCCCUCAAAUCUUCGCCUACGCCGUCAACUUCACGUCCCAAAAAUUCCUCCAAGCCCAAAGCGUGGUGGCUCCCAGCGCGUACAUCUCAGGCGCCGCCCUCCUCCUUCAGGUUUUGCUGACGUGGACCACCGUUUACGUAGUGGGCAUGGGUCUUAUGGGGAUAGCUUAUGUUCUUACCAUCUCUUGGUGGUUCAUAGUUCUGGCUCAGAGUUUGUAUAUUACGACAAGCCCAACGUUUAGACACACGUGGACUGGUCUUAGCUGGAGAUCGUUCCAAGGUCUUUGGAGCUUCUUUAAGUUCUCUGCUGGUUCCGCUGUUAUGAUUUGUCUGGAAAUGUGGUAUUCUCAUAUUCUAGUUCUUCUUGCUGGUUUGCUCAAAGAUCACGCUCUCUCUCUAGAUUCUCUCUCCAUCUGUAUGUCAAUUUCAGGAUUUUCCUUCAUGGUCUCCAUCGGCUUCAAUGCGGCUAUAAGUGUAAGGACAAGUAAUGAGCUCGGAGCAGAAAAUCCAAAAUCGGCGAUGUUCGCUUCAUGGACGGCGACUUUUGUUUCCUUCGUUAUAUCCCUCGCGGAGGCUCUCGCCCUGAUGAUGUCGCGGGACUACGUCAGCUACAUUUUCACGUCGGAUGCUGACGUGGCUAAGGCCGUCUCUGAGCUAUGUCCUUUUCUCGCCGUCACCAUCAUUCUCAACGGGAUCCAACCCGUCUUGUCCGGAGUGGCAGUGGGAUGUGGAUGGCAGACAUUUGUGGCAUAUGUGAACGUUGGUUGUUACUAUAUUGUUGGUAUUCCCGUUGGUUGUAUUCUCGGCUUCACUUUCGAUUUUCAAGCCAAGGGAAUAUGGACCGGGAUGAUUGGAGGCACCCUCUUGCAAACCCUCAUUUUACUUUACGUCACCUAUCGAACAGAUUGGGAUAAAGAGGUGAAAAAGGCGAGAAAACGUUUGGAUAUAUGGGAGGACAAGAAGGAGCCAGUCCUUACAUGA